AUGGAUGAAGAGCAAGUUAAAUUGCUUUUCAACAAUACGCCUAUUUCCGUCACUUAUUACCAAGAUAGUGAAUCUUAUGCUUUGCUUAGAACAUGCAGAGUUGAGUUUUCUUCUCCAGAAGCUGCCACUGAUGCCCUAACUAUCCUAUCCGGUCAAAAGACUAUUUCUGGUAGCCCCAUUUUAUUAGACGUAUUAGCUGAUUGGGAGAAGCCAACUUAUUAUAUGCUUUUUAUAACAAACAUUGACCCAGAAGUUGCUGAAAACGAAGUCAAACAGUUAUUUCAAACGUAUGGCUGUGUUUCUGCUCGAGUCUUACGUUGCAUGGAUUCAUCAUCAACAAGUUUAGCAUUUGUAUGGCUUAAUAAUUCGGAGGGAGCAGAAAGAGCACAUGUGGAAAUGCAAGGAGCGUUAUGUAUUAAACGUCCUAUUCUUGUACACUCAGUUCGAUCUGACCAAAAUACUUAUCUUAAUUCACCCGGUUUCUACGGUACUCCACAACCCUUGAAUCAAUUCACGGACCAAAACAAUACAUCAAUAUUUGUUUCUGAACUUUCUCCCCUAAUUAAUUCUGAAACACUUCGAUCCUAUUUUGAACAUCUGGGUGAGAUACUGCAUACUCAGGUGUAUAGCGGCUUUGCUAAAAUUAAUUUCGUACAACGACAUAGCGCAGAACGCGCGCUUAACGAGAUGAAUAAUUUUCCUAUCCUCGGGCAGCGAAUACAACUUUCCUGGUCCCGACCACCUUCUAUGAGUCUUCUUCCUGCUGUCCAAAGUACAUAUUGGCCUGCGUUACAUGCACCUGUUUAUCCUUCUUGGGGAAUUACGCCCACUCAUAAUUUCUCUCCUUUUACUUGCGUAAAUCGCUACGCAGCGAAGAGUUUAAACCAAACCACCUAUCCGCCUUUACUUCCUCCGGGUCUAAGAAAUGGAACGGAUUAUCCUUAUCGUCCAGUUCCACCCAAUAUUCUGAAUGAAAAAAAUGUCGCAGAGAGGGAAGCAAUAGAUACCCGACUAGAAGCAGAAUCGUCUCCGUUAAUUUCAGUGCAUUAUUCCUAA